AUGCCAGAAAUUGUUGUUAAUAAAAUAUCAAUUGAUUUUCCAUAUACUCCUUAUGAAUGUCAAAUAGAGUAUAUGAAAAAAGUUAUUCAAUGCCUAGAAAAUCGCCAAAAUGGAUUAUUAGAAAGCCCUACAGGAACGGGAAAAACGCUGUGCCUUUUAUGUGCAUCCUUAGGUUGGCUUCAACACCACAAAGCCAAAAUAUCUACAUCUGUGAGCCCUAACCCUCAAAAAGAUAUGCUAGGUACCAUAGAUACAAAUCCCAAUAUUUCUUUCCCUAAAAUCAUAUAUUCAUCGCGGACUCACAGCCAAUUAAAUCAGGUUAUGCAUGAACUGAAAAAAACGAAAUACGCUUCCUUAAUACACUCAUCAAUAUUAGCUUCCAGGGAGCAAUUAUGCAUACAUCCUCAAGUGUCCAAAGAAAGCAAUAAUGCAAUCAAGAUUCAAAAGUGCAGAGGAAAGCUUUUCCAUCGCACUUGCCAUUUCUACAACAAUGUAUCCAAUCACUUUAACACCUCAAGGCAAACAGCACCCCAGAAAAAGCCAUCGAUGAAUCAGAACAAUCUGGUCCUUCAGGAUAUUGCCAUUUUGCCUCCCGUUCCAGAUAUAGAAGAUCUCGUAAGAUUUGGGACAGCCAAUAAAGUGUGCCCUUAUUACUCCACCAGGGAACUCGCUAAAAAUGCAGAUCUUAUAUUAACACCUUAUAAUUACCUCGUGGAUGCCAAGAGCAAUGGGCAGGUUACAGGGAGCAGAAAUCUUGUCAACAUCUUGAAAGUGAAUAAAGUCAACAAUGCAAAAAGCAAUUUUAAUAAUAGCGCUGACAAUGCCAUGUUACAAGACGCCAUCUUAAUCUUCGAUGAAGCCCACAAUCUAGAAAAAUUUUGUGAAGAAGCUGCUUCACUAGAGAUUACGUCAUUAGAAAUCGCUCGUUCAUUGGUCGAAAUAGAUUCAGCGAUUGAUGAAUUGCGCAAUCGCAAAGCUUUUAUGAUGGAGGACUUACGUGAUGCUCGGACAUUUAUCGAACUAUUAGAGCGGAUAGCUUGCUAUGUGACUCAAGCGGCCGACGCCUUAGCUAUCAUGAACAACGAAUACAAGAAUCAUUACCGGGACCUCAAAAAGAUGGUCAAGGAAAACAUGAAAAAUUUUAAGGUUCAUUUACGCUACGAUAAAAAUCCUCCGUGGGUGAAACUGGGCGGUGUGAGCGUGCCUACCGUUAGACCGAACACCCAGAGAGUGCUGAGUCUUUGGUGUUUUAGCCCUAGCCAUACAAUAAAAGAAUUAUUCAAAAAAGGCAUUAGAUGCAUGAUAUUAACAAGCGGAACUCUAUCUCCAAUAUCAACAUUUUCCUCCAUAAUGAAUGUCAAGUUUGACGUGAGGUUGGAAAACGAGCACAUCAUAAAUGCCGAUCAAGUCCUUGUUUCUGCACUCGGGAAGGGGCCUGAUGGAACGGCUCUCAAUUCAUCUUACAAGAAUAGAAGUAGCACUAAUUACGUUUCCUCUCUCGGCUUAACUAUCUUAAACCUGUCUAGAAUAAUUCAAGGGGGCAUCUUGGUAUUCUUCCCUUCCUACUUCCAGAUGGAUCAUUGCGUUCAAUUCUGGAAAAAAGAUAGCGGUAUUUGGACAUCCUUAGAAAAGAUUAAACCCGUCUAUAUAGAACCUAAAACUAAAGAUAAACUUAAUCAAGAGAUUUCAUCUUACUACGAUUCCAUAGAUGGCGGGGAUUCCAUCUCAAGUGUUCAAGACACAAAAACUAACUCCGCUAUCAUGAUGGGAGUCUGUCGGGGUAAACUUAGCGAGGGUUUUGACUUCGCCGAUUCUUACGCUAGAGCCGUGCUCAUAUGUGGUCUACCUUACCCCGCUCGAACUGACCCCAAGAUCACCUUGAAGAUCGACUUCAUGAACGAAAAUGCGGAUGGGUGGGACACGAUGUUGGACGGGAAUGCUUGGUACAGACUCGAAGCCGACCGAGCGGUCAAUCAAGCCGUAGGCCGGGUUAUUCGACAUAAAGCCGAUUUCGGCGCCAUCUUAUUAUGCGACGAACGAUUUUGUCACGCAAACAAUAAAGAAUGUGGCUUAUCCAAAUGGCUUAGUCCUAGGCUAAAAAUAACUCCAAAUUUUGGGCAACUCAUAUCUCAAAUCAAGCGAUUCUUUAAUGCGGCCUUCGUAAAUUACCCGCCGGCUCUUCACACGUCCCACGAAAGCGGAGACGAUUUAAUGAUACCCAGGAGAAAGAAAGUGAAAAAAUUGGUAAGCUCUAAACCGCCAGCUAUGGAAACAACCGAUUGGCUGGGAUCUUAUCAAAAAAAAUCGCAUUACCAGAAGGAGCCAGCGUUUAUUUCGAUUCCAAAUGACGAUGAUUCCGACGUCUAUUUUAGCGCUACUUCCGGUUCUUCCGAUUCUGUGAUCGAUAUAGAAUCCAUUCAGUCUCAAUACUAUACUAGCUACCAAGAAAAUGGCUGGAAUUCUAAUGAAAACAUCUUGAAUAAUGUGAACCAACCACCAACGACGAAAGGAACAGAACAUUCCUCUCAAAAUUCUCAUUCCACUCAGGGGCCACAAAUGCUGCUGUCGUUGCUCAACACUCUCAAUCAAUCACAAUCGUCUUCCAAGAACUCAUCUUGCCUCACCCAUUCUUCUUCUCGUGAGGAUAUCAUGGAUAUGGUGUCUUCGAUCUCUAAAAUCUCUCCCGAAACCUUGUUAUUCCCUUUUAAAACGAGUAGCACAACAAAAACUGACAUUCGUAAAAUCAAGAGUUUCAAAUCUUUGCCCCAUUUCCUAGCCACUUGCAGGAAAACGUUGCGGGCCGAACCGGCCAAAUAUUUUGCCUUUUGUGACGCGAUGAAGUUGUACAGCCGGAAUGGAAAUAUUCGCGCAUUCAUUAGCAGCAUUCUCGAGACGUUCGAAAGGAGGGAAGAAAAUCUCAGGAUGGUUUUAUUUAUCUUGGAUAUUAUAAAGGUGAAAGACGUAAAAAUCUACAUGGAAGAAUGCUUGGAACUAUAUAAAUCCCUCAUGACAAUAUCCUUGAAUUUAACGGAUAUUCCCGUAUCGUACAAAUACAAAGAUAACCCAAUGAAUCGUUAUAUUAACAAUAAUAAUAAUGUUAGUCUAAAUGCCAAAAUCGAUUCGCUAAGCCUUGGCCCAACCACCGCAUCAUCUCAAAUUAUUACCCUACCUGACUUGAUUGAUUCGUCGUCGCAGAAAGAAGUAACACACCACGAAAUAACUGUGACGGGAGAAAGGAGCAACAGGAGUAUUCCUAUUCUCACCAUUCACGACACUGAUUCUGAUAAAGACAUCUCAACUGCAGAUGGUGUGGUUGAUUUAGCGGACGAUCCUGACGAAGCUAAUUGGGAAACGGAAUCUGGGAAUUCGGGUAGCACUCUUCUCUCCAGCGAUAUAGAAUUUAUAACUGGUAGGGAUAAGGGUUCCACUGGUACUAACUCGUUUAAAAAGUCCCUCGACAACUUUAAAAAUGCCACCAAAUGUAAAGAUUUGUGCCCCUCGGUCAAUCCCAGACCAGUCUUAAGCGCUUGGACCAUAAAUAACCCGAGUAUAGCACCCGACCUCAUGGCUAAACAGAAGCAUCAACGGAAGAGAGCCGAAUAUAAAGAUAAGAAAAGACAAAAAUUGGAAAAACAAAUUAGUGGACAGUCCAGUAUACUCUCCCACUUUUCGAAAAAAUAA